CUGCCCGCUUCCGAAACUGGGCGACUGUUGUUCGCUUAGGCUCGGUCAUUAACGGGCGGCCCACGAGCGAGCGACCCGCGCGGGUGGUGAUGAAAGCCGGGCGCGCGCGACUUUUGCGUGCGUCUCCUGAGGUGGUUUUGAUGCCGGUGACAAAACAGCUGUCGCCAUAGAAGCCUUUCAGUCCCCUGGGUCAGAAUCGUUGGGAUCUGAAGGAGGGCUUGCCGUCAGCUUUAGGAGGCAUCCAGACAGAGCCAGCAUGUGUCCAGCAGACCCAGCACCUGAGGGUCUGCUUAAAGAGCCCUAUGAACGUUUCAUGUACCAGCAUCUCCAAUACUAUGGCUAUUUCAAAGAUGAGGUAAAUGUGUUUCAAAAUCCUAUUUUACCUCUUGAGAGCCAGAAAAGGAAUUCUCAUCAUAUGUUGAAAUUAGGCAACUUCCACAAGAGAGAGAAAUCAGGAAGCAAUUCAGGCAAGAAUCUACUCUGUUCACUUAUGAUGGAGACAACACUUCUUAAAAGCAAACAACUUAUGCUCGACCAUCCAGAGGGUCCUGGUGUUUUGCGCUUACGAGAGCCUCGGAAUCUUUUUUCUCUGCCUAAUAGUAGAGAGUCAAUCUUGGCUCCACUCUGGCCAAUAGAAUGUGAAGUAAUCGAGGAUCGUAUUCACCACAUUGAGUGGGUUCCCCCUGAACCUGAACCUUUCUAUCAGCCAGCAGGAAAUGAAUUUGCACCAGAAGUAAUGGGAGAAGAUUAUGGAACAGUUGUCUAUUUCAUAGAUCCAGCAAGCAAGGAUACUUAUUUUACCAGUUCCCGAGUUGGAGGACCAAGAGAUACCAUCAAAUCAGCUGCAGUCAGCUUAAGAGAUCAAGAAGACACUGUACUGUUGUUUGAAUCACGUUUUGAGAGUGGAAAUCUUCAGAAAGCUGUCAGGGUAGGCGAGUAUGAGUAUGAACUCACAUUGCGGACAGAUCUUUAUACUAGCAAGCACACACAGUGGUACUACUUCAGAGUACAAAAUACUAGAAAGAAUGUUACCUAUCGCUUCUCGAUUGUUAAUCUGAUGAAAGCCAAGAGUCUCUAUAGCAUGGGGAUGAAGCCUCUCCUGUACUCUGAGAUGGAUGCGCAGUUUCAUGGUAUUGGCUGGAGGAGAGAAGGUAGUGAUAUCAAAUAUUAUAAAUACAAUACAGAGGAUGGCCAGACCUUGUAUUGCCUCACUUGGACAAUUUGCUUUCCAUACAGCCAUGACACCUGCUAUUUUGCUCACUUCUACCCCUACACCUAUUCUGAUCUGCAGCACUACCUAUUCUCUUUGGUAAACAAUCCACUCCAUUCUCUGUAUUUCAAAAUUCGCCCUCUGUGCAGCAGUCUAGCUGGGAAUACAGUAUAUCUCCUCACUAUUACCAAUCCAUCGAAGAGUGCCAGUGCUGCUUCAGCAAAGAAGGCUAUUAUACUGACUGCAAGAGUCCAUCCUGGGGAAACUAACAGUUCCUGGGUGAUGAGAGGUUUUCUAGAUUUCAUCCUAAGUGAUUCCCCUGAUGCUCAACUCCUUCGGGAUCUCUUCAUAUUCAAAGUUGUACCUAUGCUAAACCCAGAUGGAGUAAUUGUGGGGAAUUACCGCUGCUCACUGGCAGGAAGGGACUUGAACAGAAACUACAGGACAGUAUUGAAGGACUCUUUUCCCUGCAUUUGGCAUACUCGGGCCAUGAUCAAAAGAGUCCUUGAGGAGCGGGAGGUUCUGCUUUAUUGUGACUUCCAUGGGCACAGUCGAAAGAAUAAUAUCUUCAUGUAUGGCUGUAACAACAAGUAUGCACGUGAACAGCUACUCCAUGAAAGAAUAUUUCCUCUUAUGCUGAGCAAAAAUAUUCCUGACAAGUUUUCUUUCAACAGCUGUAAGUUUCAGGUCCAAAAGUGUAAAGAAGGAACAGGGCGCGUUGUGAUGUGGAGAAUGGGAAUACUGAAUAGUUAUACUAUGGAAUCUACAUUCAGUGGAUCAACAUUAGGCAGUAAGAAUAACUCUCAUUUUACUUCUGAGGAUCUAAAAUCUCUAGGCUAUCAUGUUUGUGACACCUUACUGGACUUCUGUGACCCUGACCGUUCCAAGUUUCAGCAAUGUCUGUCUGAACUUCAGGAGCUAUUGAAGCAAAAAAUUCAGAGGAAACUCUCAGAGUUGGGCCAUGAACAAAACAGUACCUGGAGUGACAUCUCUCUAUCUGAUGUUGAAACUAGCACAAGUGGUUCUGACAGUUCCCAAUCAGAUGGCCUCCCAGCUCAUUUGCUCAAUGUGGUACUGAAGGAUUAUGAUGAGAAAAAGAAGAAGAAAAAGAAAAAGUUGCAGUCAAGAAAGGAAAGGAAUGAGUUACAUCAGAAAUACACUCUAAGCCAUCUAGUGAACCACAAGGAACGUGUUCCGUUCUCCCAGAUAAACAGAGUAUCCCUUUAACUGAAUGUGAGAUCAAGAUCAAGGAUCCUCAGCCCAUCUUCAUAACUACAAUUCCACCGUCAAAGCAGCGACACAGCCUCAUAAGAUCACCCAUUAAACAGC